AUUUUGUACGGCUUAUUUGUGUGUAUGCAAACGAGCCGAGUGUUUGUUGAUGGAAAGGGUGGAUGUUGAAGGCAGAUGUCAGCGUCACACUGGAGCCUAUAGGAGCUUUUCUUCUGCCUCUGUGAAAGUGUCGCAGUUUGGUGUCACAUACAUGUUUUUGGGGGGAGUUGAAAACGUUUGUAGUGUCAUUUUGGCUGGAAGUAUAAAGUAAUUUCCACUCUGUGAGUUCCUGUUUACCUUCCUUCUCUUCAUAAUGUGCAUGUCUGCAUUAAGCUGGGUACCGUGAUGCUGUCCAACAGAAUGUGAAACUGAGUCGCAAAACUGACAUUUAGUGAUGCUACUACACCUUUGAAAGCAAAUAUCUCCUCCGUCGUCAAGGCGAAGAUGCUGAAGACGGAGGCUUCGGCAGAGAGGACCACCCUGAGGAGUGCCUCUCCACACAGGAAUGCCUACAGAGCAGAGUUUCAGGCUCUCAAGAAGGCCUUCGACCAGCCGAGACAGGAUGGUGACACCAAGAGCAAAGAUCCCGAGCGGAUCCGGCAGCCCCGGGGUCGGCAGUAUGGCGCACACGUCAGCCGAAUCAAGGACAUGUUCAUGCAGAUGGGCACGGAGAACACGGGUUCUGGGAAACCUCGAGGUAGAGAUGAGAUGUCGCCACAAAAACUUACCAAGCCGACCAAUUUCAUUAACCGGGUAGAUGGCUCAGUGAUCAAACUUCAGCAAGGAGACAGAACCGGCAACUCGAAGUUCUCCGAGACAAGGAAGCUCUUUGAGCAGAGCUCCAGAGAUACAUCCCAGUCUCCUGUGUACUCAUACGGCAGAGACAAGAGGGGUUCUCAUGAGCAUUUGGAUGAUUGGAGAGGGGCACGUUCUAACAGGGGCAGCACAGACUCCUUGGACAGUCUUUGCUCAAGAACAGAGGCGUCGUCGCCGACAGUCAGCCAGCUUAGCGCUGUGUUUGAGAAUUUAGACCACCAUGGCUCCGGAUCCACUUUCCGCAGAGGUCAUGGAGGCGGACGCGCUCUUUAUUCACCAGAUGGCUCACUAAGACAAGGGGACGCCAGUGAGGAUGAUGCCAGCCUUCGUCAGUCUCCAUCACAAGGUGUGUGCAGGACACGUGUUGGGAGCAAGCACACUCUUCCAGUUUCAUCCUCCUCCGAAGAUCUUCUCAGUCCCAGUCCUUUGUCUGAGCAGGCGAAGGAUGUUGAGGAGAAUAAGGUCAAGGAGAGGACUGGGGCAGAACAUUUGGAUGUAGGAACCAAUGAAGCUGUAGAUGAAUCUCGUGAGCACAAGCAGGAUGAAGAUGCUGCUGGAGUUUGCACAAACUCUGCUCAAGUCAAUGACACUGCAGUGUAUGACAAACCGCAAAAGGAUACAUCUGGCUCUGUAAACAUCAAGGUUCAAAAGGAUAUAGAGGAGCCUGAAGAUGACUCCACCCGGAUAGCAGCUCAUCACAUGGAGGAGCAGAAUGAGGAAUACUGUGGCAAUGAGAGGGUUAUUUACAAUGCUGAUGGAGAUGCCUGCUACCAGGGCUGGGGAGAGAGCUGCACUGACGUGGAGGAUGAUUUAUAUGGGGAUGAUGAUGUUUGCUAUGAUCCUGGAUCAGAGAUCACUGAGAUUCCUGGCCUUCCUGAGGAAGAGAAGGAAGAUAUUCCUCCAAAGCGGAAAAUACGAUUCAGCACUGCCUCAAUAACGGUUUUUAAUACCUACUCAAACGAGGAUUACGAUCGCAGGAAUGAGGAGGUGGAUCCAGUGGCGUCCUCAGCAGAGUAUGAACUGGAGAAGAGAGUGGAGAAACUGGAACUUUUCCCAGUGGAGCUAGAAAAGGAUGACGAUGGUCUGGGGAUCAGCAUUAUCGGCAUGGGAGUAGGUGCAGACGCAGGCUUGGAGAAGCUGGGCAUCUUUGUCAAGACUGUUAUUGAAGGUGGAGCGGCAGAGAGAGAUGGAAGGAUUAAGGUGAAUGACCAGAUUGUGGAAGUUGAUGGCACCAGUCUGGUGGGUGUGACUCAGAGCUUCGCUGCCUCUGUGUUGAGAAACACCCAAGGAGUGGUCAGGUUUGUGAUUGGCCGGGAGCGUCCAGGGCAGGAAAGUGAGGUAGCUCAGCUGAUCAGUCAGACUCUGGAGCAAGAGAGGCGUCAGAGAGAGAUGAUGGAGCAGCAGUAUGCACAGUAUGAUGCUGAUGAUGAUGAGACGGGAGAGUACGCCACGGAUGAGGACGAGAACGUGGGACCUGGCAGGACGGACAAAGACGUAACCAUUGAGGUUUUCGACUUGCCUGAAAACGAAGACCUCAUCUCACCAUCGGAGCUGGAUGCCACCAAACUCUACCAGAAAUUCCGAGAGCUACAGAUCAAGCACAGUGUUACUGAGGCUGAGAUACAGAAACUCAAGAGCAAGCUGGCGGCAGUGGAGAAAGAGAAGACCCGCUGGGAGCGAGAGAGAAGCCAACUGAAGCAGAGCAUUGAGGAUAAUAAGGAAAGGAUGUUGAAGCUGGAAAGCUACUGGAUCGAGGCUCAGACGCUCUGCCACACUGUGAACGAGCACUUAAAGGAGGCUCAGAAUCAGUACCAAGCCCUGGAGAAGAAAUACAACAAGGCCAAGAAACUGAUCAAGGAUUUCCAGCAGAAGGAGGUGGAGUUUGCCCAGAGGGAAGAGGCUGAGAAGAAGAGACUUGAGGAUGUGGAAAAGGCUCAUUUAGAUGAGAUCCAUGGGCUGCAAGUGAGGAUUGCAGCGCUGGAGUCAGAGCUCAUGCAGCUGAUGAAACAAAACAGCAUUCAGGUCAACAACAACAACAACAACAACAGUGUCGACAGUCACACGCAGCCGAGCGAGAGAACUGGUGCGCCGCAGUGUCCCGAGAGACGCCUCACUGUAGGAGAGUCGGACGAGUGUGUAGGCAGUGACCUGGUGAAGGGUCAGACGCAGAUAUCUGGAGCCUCCAGAAGCGUACAAGACAGCGGCAGCUCUACCGAGGGCGAGGACGACCUCCAGCGGAGGAGUUCUCACAUUCUCUCCGCUGAUGUACCUGAGUCCAUGGCCCCCAGGGUGCCUGAGAGUGCGGGUCCUCCAGUGGUGUCAAGCCAAGAUGAAAAAUGCAGCAAGAAGCUUGUGGACGUGGGCUCCACAGACCCAUCGAUAGAGAAACCUAAAACAGAGAAACACUCAAGGAAGGCUUCUGCGGUAAAGGAUGACGUCAGUGUGAGCAGCUCCAGCUCAGGAGAGAUCUGUGGUGUGGUCACCGAGCCCAAGCUGACUGGCCGCUCACACACACUAGUGCUCUCUUCAGAUGAGAUCCAGGAUGAAGGGCAGCCAUUGAAGCAGUACCAGUGGCAGAACCGCAGUGUGCCGGACUGGUCGUGUCAGCAGGUGUGUCUCUGGCUAAUGGGCCUGAACCUGGAGCAGUAUAUCCCUCAGUUCACUGCCAAGAAUGUUAAUGGAGAGCAGCUCCUGCAACUCGACAGUAACGCACUCAAAGAUCUAGGUGUAGCCUCUUCUCAGGACCGGGCUGUGUUUAAGAGGAAGCUGAAAGAUCUGAAGGUGCUGAUGGAGAAGGCCCACAGGAACAAAGAGAAGCUGCAGAAGCAGAUGGAAGAACGACACAAGAAAGAACUGGCGCAUCUGCAGAAAGAGUGCCGCAAGACCUCUGAGCCGGGAAAGGGUACUGCAGAGUGACGGCGUCGAGUCAUGAAAAUAAUAACAUAACGAGAGACGAGUCUAGUAUUUUAUGGUACUCUAGUCUGGGCUCCAUUUAGUGGACAUCAGAAUCUCCCUGGAAGAGGCACUGCUACUGGACUGCCACUAGAGAAAAUAAACCAAACCAUCCUGAAUAACUGAUCCUUUUAACUGUAAUUUUAAUUGGGUUUUUUUCCACCCGUUUUAGAAUGCUUGUUCAUCUGAGAGGUGUCUAUUUAUUUGCAUUUUAGCUUGAAAUGAAUUAACAGCAGUUCGGAGAUUUCAAGCACCUUUAAGCAUUAUAUAUAUAUAUAUAUAUAUAUAUGUGUGUGUGUGUGUGUGUGUGUGUGUGUGUGUGUGUGUGUGUGUGUGUGCCAUUUUCUAUUGAGACCAAGAUGUGCGGUUUACUCUGUGUGAAAAAUCUCUUGGCUUAAAGCACAGGUGACAUGUCGUGCUGUCCGAAAGCUCGAGCGCUGCUCACUGGAAAUGCGGAAAUCUUACUGUGAGAAGAAAGCCAUUCCAAGUGUUGAAAUAUCACAGACCUCGCACUAAAUCCAUCUGACCUUGUGGAUAUUGUGUACCUGUAGCUGUAUUAACACUUCAGCCUGCUGAUUAGUGUCCUGUAUCCCUCAGCGACAUAAAUAAGAAAGUCUGCUGUUCAGCGCUUAGAACAAGGAACGAAACUACAAGGAAUAUUCAAGGAGAGGCCCUGAACAUACUGUACAGCCACACUGCAAGAUACUGAAAAUGCACUCCAAAGAUGACCGAAUGGAUCGCUGAGUCGUCCUGCUGCUUCUUCUUCCUCACCGCUACCUGCUUUUAGUCGUCAUUUGACUGAACUAGAUCCUCAGUUAGACUCAAGCGCUGCCUUCUACAUUACCGCUGUAUAGAUUUUGUAUAGCAUAGCCGCUCUGAGUGUGUGGAACCUCCCCCCGAUUCUGGUAGUCUAACAUCUAAACGGUGUUGAGUAGCUGACAAACCUGCACUUAAAGCAGACCUAUUCAAAUUUAUUAUUUAACACUUAUUAUAUAAAUGUUGUUUUAUUUUCUGGUCAGUAGAAUGAGAUUUGUUUUCUUCAUCAGACUGCUGUGAACAUGCUCGUCAGUCUUAGCUUAGCACCAGAUCACAGAAAGAAAAAAAAAAAAGUGUUCCAAAAUGCUUUUAAUUCAGUAUAUGUAAUACUAGCAAGUAUCGAUCCUAAUCCAUGAUUCUAUUGUGAUUUUUUUUUUAAAAAAAAAUGUACAGUCAAUACAUGAGAUAUUUCUAUCAGAUUACCGAUUGCGUAUUUAAUAUUCAGCUGUAGUUUUAGUAACUCAUCGUUUGCUUUGUUCUUUUUACUGAUACAAUUGGAGAGUUUUGUGUUAAUAUUUCUACAUUUUCAUGUUUUCCCUCAUCUAGUGAAUGUCUCCUUUUCUGUGAACACUGUUGUUUUGUUCUGCUGUAAUAAUUUCCAUGUUUACAUCUGAAAUCAUGAUUAUUUCAAUAGAAACACAAGUGCAGCACUCCAGAGUGCCAGGCAGUGCUGGAUCAAUGUGUGACUCCUCAAAGUUCUCACAAGAUAUGUCGGUAUUUGCUCCACAUAUGCUUGUAUGUACUGUCAUUUAGCUACAGUGUGUUAGGAACCGUUUUCUUAUAAGGAGUUUUGUUUGAAUUAUUUAUUUUUCAAAUCUAAAAAAACAAAACAAAACAAAAAUAUCAACUGAUGUAAUUUAUCAACAAAAUACUAUAUAAUGAUAUUUAUGCCAAAAAUCGUUAAAAAGUGUUCGGUCUAUCCCAGUGGUCAAUUAGGUUCUCUAUGUUUUUAUCAUUUCUUUUGAUCCACCAUAAAUGUAUCAAAAUCAAACUGCUGCUUGCAGAUUUCUCUGUCAGUCAGCAACAUGCCAUGACUUUUAUAUACAUAUAUAUAU